GUCCACUGAAAGUACUUCCAUCCACCCCAACAAGCCUUUGACCCUAAGCAGAGACAUGACGAUCCAGAAGACGGGUGGCAGAGGCCGGGCAGCAGCUGAGCUACUUGAACAGAGAAGGAGCAGCCACCACUGUGAUGACAGGAAGCAGACGCUGUUAGCACUGCUCGUCCUGGUGCUGUACCUGGGCACAGGGAUAUCAGGAAGCAGUUGGGAAGUGUCAGGACGAACCAAGGACUGCAACCACUUUCAGACAACUGUGACAUCUCAGGACUUUGAAUAUCAGACCAAGGAACCUAUCGAAGAGCCAUUGAGGGCCCUCAGGAAGUGGCUGAAGACAAACUUGCACGGAUUUUUGGAGAAGCUAGAGAAAGAGGUCAGAGAGCUGGAGCAGCUGGUGCGGGACCUGGAAUUCUGGCUCGACGCGCUUCUGGGAGAGCCACACUCAGAGGAUCCCUGCUUUACCACAAAGGUCAUUUGUGAAGGGCAGGUGCAGGGACCCGGGGAGCAGAAGAGGAGGUGAUGAGGUCAGGCCCUGACACUUGCUGCUCCAGGCAGGCUGGAGAAAAAUAAAGUGACCGAAAGGUGA